GUGGUAGAGGCCGUUCAUCGGUUGGAUCUCAUCCUUGGUAAUAAGGCAGCGUAUCAAGAAGUGUUCAAGCCGGAGAACAUCAGCUUGAGGAACAAGCUGCGGGAGCUGUGUGUGAAGCUGAUGUUCUUGCAUCCAGUGGAUUAUGGAAGAAAAGCAGAAGAACUGCUCUGGAGAAAAGUUUACUAUGAAGUUAUCCAGCUCAUUAAAACAAAUAAAAAGCACAUUCACAGCCGUAGCACUCUGGAGUGUGCGUACCGGACUCACUUAGUUGCUGGCAUAGGGUUUUACCAGCACCUUCUCCUCUACAUUCAGUCUCACUAUCAGCUGGAGCUGCAGUGCUGUAUUGACUGGACGCACGUAACAGACCCUCUAAUAGGCUGCAAGAAACCUGUGUCUGCAUCUGAGAAGGAGAUGGAGUGGGCACAGAUGGCAUGUCACAGAUGUCUGGUUUAUCUGGGAGAUCUAGCUCGCUAUCAGAAUGAACUGGCGGGUGUGGACACAGAGUUGCUGGCUGAGCGAUUUUACUAUCAAGCCCUUUCUGUUGCGCCACAAAUUGGCAUGCCCUUUAACCAGUUGGGGACAUUGGCAGGGAGCAAAUACUACAAUGUGGAAGCUACCUAUUGCUACUUACGCUGUAUCCAGUCUGAAGUGUCCUUUGAAGGUGCCUAUGGGAACCUGAAGCGGCUGUAUGACAAAGCAGCCAAAAUGUAUCACCAGUUGAAGAAAUGUGAAACCAGGAAGUUGUCUCCAAGCAAGAAACGAGGCAAAGACAUUAAGAGGUUGCUGGUGAGCUUUAUGUACCUGCAGAGUCUUUUGCAGCCAAAGAGCAGCUCUCUGGAUUCUGAGCUGACAUCUCUCUGCCAGUCUGUGCUGGAGGAUUUCAACCUGUGCUUGUUCUACCUGCCUUCUCCUCCUAAUCUGAGCUCAGCUAGUGAAGAUGAAGAAGAGUAUGAGAGCGGCUACUCCUUCCUUCCUGAUCUCCUGAUCUUUCGCAUGGUGAUCAUCUGCCUUAUGAGUGUUCACAGCCUCAAGAGGGCAGGUUCAAAGCAGUACAGUGCAGCCAUCGCUUUCACGCUGGCCCUCUUCUCUCACCUGAUAAAUCACGUCAAUAUUCGCCUGCAGGCGGAGCUAGAAGAAGGGGAGAAUCCAGUCCCAGCCUUUCAGAGUGAUGGUACAGAUGACCAGGAGCCACGGGAGCCAUUGAACUUGAUUGAGAAGGAAGCUGAAGCUGACUUGGCCAAUCAUCAGCCCAGCGAGGAACAACGGAAGAAUGACUGCAAGAAAAGCAAGAAAUACUCCCGCCUCUCCUGUUUGCGUCGCCGCCGCCACCCCCAGAAGGUGGAUGAGAGUGACCUGAGCGAGGGCUUUGACUCUGACUCCAGCCAGGGCUCCACAAAGGGCAGCGAUGGCUCAGAAAGUGGCUCAGAGAAGAGUGACGAGGAAGCAGAAGCUGCUUUUGAUGUGGAGACGGACUCUGACAUGAACAGCCAAGAAUCUCGGUCCGACUUGGAGGACAUGGAGGAUGAGCCGGGUGAGGAGGGAAGUGGCCGAGGCAAAAGUGGGCCCAAAGAGGCCUUAAAAAACUGUGUGGAUGGCAGUGGGCUGGGGGACUCCAAGAGCCCAAGCAUCUCUAAAAUUGAGGCUCUGGAUCCAGCAGUCAAUGGGCCAGCUUCCCUGAGCGCUAAUGACGCAAGCAUAGCCAGUAAUCUCCAGGCCAUGUCCACCCAGCUGUUUCAGACCAAACGCUGCUUUCGCUUGGCUCCCACUUUCAGCAACAUCCUUCUGAAACCGAACAGUGAACCACCCGUCUUGAAGGAUGGAAUAGAAAGCAAGCCAUGUAUCAAUGGAGAUCUGGAGAAGCCCAGCUUGUCAGAGCAAGAUGAUGUGUCUGACUCUGAGGAAAGCUUUUCAAGUAACAAAUCCUGCAGGAAUGAGCGAUCCCUUCAGGAGAAGCUAGAGAUCAUGACCAACGAAGGGCUGCUUCUCGCUGUCAAGGUGUUCCUGGACUGGCUGAGGACAAACACGGACCUCAUCAUCAUGUGUGCUCAGAGCUCUCAGAGCCUGUGGAAUAGGCUGUCUGUGCUCCUCAACCUUCUGCCUUCUGCUGCAGACCUGCAGGAAUCAGGGCUGGCCCUAUGUAAUGAAGUCAAGGACAUUCUGAGUGGCGCUGAGCUCCCAGACCUGAAAGCCAACUUGCUGCUCCCAGAAGAUGUGGCCCUGCGAAAUCUUCCCCCUCUGAAAAAUGCACACAAGAGGUUUAACUUUGAGCAGGACCGGCCCAUUUUCUCAGCAGUUGAGGAGUCUGUUGUUCGGAUUUGCUGCAUUCGGAGCUUUGGCCACUUCAUAACCCACUUGCAAGGCAGCAUCCUGCAGUUCAACUCAGAGCUUGGGAUCUUCAUCAGCAUAGCACAGUCGGAGCAAGACAACUUGCUGCACCAGGCCCAAGCCCAGUUUCACAUGGCUGCAGAGGAAGCUCGUCGGAACAGGCUAAUGAGAGAUAUGGCUCAGCUUCGACUGCAGCUGGAGGUUUCUCAGCUGGAGGGAAGUCUCCAGCAGCCCAAAGCGCAGUCAGCCAUGUCACCUUAUCUUGUCCCGGACACCCAGGCCCUCUGCCAGCACCUGGCUGUUGUCAAGCAGCUGGCCACCAGCGGGAGGUUCAUAAUCAUCAUCCCUCGAACAGUGAUUGAUGGCUUAGACUUCCUGAAAAAGGAGAACGCAGGUGCUCGGGACAGCAUCCGGUAUCUGGAGGCAGAAUUUAAAAAGGGAAACAGGUACAUUCGUUGCCAGAAAGAUGUUGGGAAGAGCUUUGAGAGGCAUAAAUUGAAGAGACAAGAUUUAGAUGCCUGGAAUCUCUAUAAAAUACUGGACAGCUGCAAACAACUGACAGUGUCCCAAGGAAGCGGGGAGGACGACACCACAGGAAUGGUCACCAUCAUCACGGGCUUUCAGCUGGAGGACCCAAGCACGUUCUCGGUGCCCAUGCAGUCUGCCAUCCAGGCAGCCGCCAAUGCCAGCGUAGAAAUAAAAAAUGUUCUGGAGUUCUACAAGCAGUGGAAAGAGAUGGGCUGAUGUUCAGAAAGGCAUCGGGUUGGUGUACCUUUCUCUCCCCCUCUCGGAACGUGCAGCGUCUGAACGAAGGAAACAAAAAUCUGGGUGACACUUAGACACGAAGAAGCAGCAGCAGCAACAAUAACAAAAAUAUCUACCAAAAAAAAAAAAAAAAAUCCAAUUUGGGCACGCACACAGACACCCUCCACCUGUAUCCUGACCAGACGGCUGUACAUCUCCGACGGCGCCAACUGCUCUGAGAAGAGAGAGGCACCUCGGCACGGCCGAGGCAGAGCUCUGCCCUUCUCCCAGUCGGCAGAGAUGGGCGAGAGACGGGCAGUCAUUCAUUCCCCCCUCAUUCCUCCCCAAAGCUUGCUUGGUCAUCUGAAAUGGGCAGGCGGCUUCUAAAGCGUGGACUUUACUUAAAUGAAACCAAACCAGCGCAGCAGAAAUGGAGCCCUCUUAGCUUGGGAAAGAAGAUCCAAGGAGUGUUUAGCUCUUGUUUGGCAAUCUGGUGACAGGAAAGCAGAUGGGUUUUUUCCUUUUAAUUCUUAGUUUUUAUAUAUAUAAAUAAUAUUAAAAAAGAAAAAGUGGAGUUCCUUUGGGGUUCUGGAUACUCUUCCAAUGUCAGAGAGAGAAGGAAACAAUUAUGCUAUUUAAAAGGGGGGGGGAAAGCUCUUAAUAUAAUUUUUUUUUUUUUUUCUUUGAACAAGCAUAUUUAUUUCCUUUCCCUGUCCCCCAUGGAGCGGGCUCAGUGCAAAGGGAUGUUGGCCUGCAAGGAGAGAGCAGUCUGAAGUGCCCCGAUGGGCUUGGUGCACAUUCUUGCUCUCCUUACAAGCUGCAUGCUUCAUGAGCAGCAAGAGAUUGGCCAAGCUGCUUGAGAGAGGUGAAAAGGACGCUCUUCCUCCUUCCCCAGUCCCUCCCGCUUCUUUGCUUCCAGCAUUAGACCUUGGAGAAAAGGAGUAGAAUCCAGCAGAGUUGCUCGAAGAGAGAGGAGAGCCGUGUGGGAUUUAAACACUGAUAAGGCUCAACCACUUGGCUUGAGUGCUGUGACCCUGGGAUGGAGCAGGUAUCUCCGAAGGAUCCAAUGCCUCCUCUUCCCCCCCCUCCCCCUUUCUCUUUUUUCCCUUUUUUUUUCUUUUCUAAAUCUUGCAGUGAGGUGUGGAGGAGGAAGGAGGAUCUCAAAGCCAUUAUCUCUUCUGCUGGUUGUUCCAACACACCACUGCUGCUAUGCCAUGCUAGAGAGGGUGGCAGAACUUGAGUGUUUGUAUCCCCCCUCCUCACAUCCCUCCAGGGAAGGCAAAGGCAGCGCAGUGACUGCCGCUGCCCAGGACUGAGCUCACAAAGCAUUGUGCUUUCAGCAUCCCAAAAAGAAGGGAUGAUGCUACCUGGACGGAUGCUGGAAGAGCUAAUUCCCCAUGUGACCUGUGAGGGACCUUUCAGACCUCCAUCCUGACAGCAUCUCAAGCAACCUGUGUCUGACAUCCUGUCACACGUUGAUGCUUGGAAAUGAAGAAAUGGGUUGCUCCAGGACAGCAGAGCGGUGGGAGAUAGGCUGAACGGCCUCUUUUUAGUUCAUCUGUGUCAAUGUACUCAAGAAACAGAUGUCUCCAUCCACAUGAACUAACAGCAGCUAUGCAAGUAAAAACCACUAGUCUUCUAUGUUUGUGUGUUUUUUCCCAUGGGCCAGCCAGAAGCUGCUACGAAAGGGGCAUAAUACGGAAAGACAAGUAACAUACUCCAAUCUAUGCAGACUUCCUAGCAUGAUGCAUUGUACUGGAGUGGCAGGAUGUUCCUUGUUUUCAGGUAAAAACUAAAAAAACCAGCACAAGUCCCAGAGGAUUCAUUUAUAUUCCAAUUUCAGUUCCUUUGCAGCAUGCAGCCUCGUAGCACAGCAGAGAGAAAUGCUGAGCUUUAAGUUACAGCUGGAGCUGGCCCUACCAGGUCCAUACCUUGUGGUCUGAAAGGCAGGUGGAGGGGGUAGGGUGGCACGGUUUCCCUACAGGUUUUUCUUUUUGCAGCUUCUCCUGAAACUCACGGUGCUUUUCUAGGCUAAGCCAAGGAAACAACAUAAGCAGAACAGCAGGUCAAAGACUCUGGCUCAUCUUGGGUGUUCAUAGAGGUCUAAGAUGGGCUGUGAAGUUUGUCAGUCACUCUUUCCUCCAGUGCUGCCAGUGUUUUUAUUUGAAGCCAUUUGUUUGUCUAGCUUGUUAUUUUUGUUUGAUGGGGUGGGAAAAGAAAAGAGGAUCGCCUUGUGGGACUUGUCCUUCAGUGUAUGACCCAGAGCAAUGUGGUGAAGUGGAGAGCAGAGUCACCUCCCCUUCUGCCCCUCCGUUAACUUGGAGAGUGCUGCUCAGUUAUGCUGAAAUACGCUCCUUGUUCAGUGGAAGCCUGGCUCAGUGGGAUGGAUAGCUGGUGGACUGUGCUGCUUCAGAAAACCGUCCACCUCCUUACUGCAAAGCACAUCAGAAGGGUCUGCAGGCUGCAACUCCCUUCUGGAGGUCUGCUUGAGCUGAAGCCUGGUUGUCUUUGCAGUCCUGAGAGGCCUAAUUGUCAUUCCCUUCUGGCUGCACAGUGCAAAUUGCGCACUUGGGGUCGGUAAAGAAAAGAGCGUUGCUUGGCUGAAAUCAAAACAGCGAGGAGCUGGAGGCAUUCCUCAGCUUUGCUCUGGGCCAGGUAUUCCCGUGGCCACAGCUGGAUCUUGAGGGGAGAAAAGAGCAAUGCAAAUAAAGCAGCAACCAAAAGGGAAUGCCUGUCAUGCCGAUCAUGAGUGUCUCGGUUCGUACAGCUCCCCAGGCUGCCGGUGGUGCAGAGUGAGAGCUGGGAGCCAAGUGCUGUGGGGUCAGGGCAGCAGAUGAGGUUGGUGCUGUCACUGAACAGGGUGGGAGCAAGGGGUCACAGUCCAGUGCAGAAGAUGGGCUAA